CACGCGGGAGAUUUCUUCUGCGACCAAUCAUUUACGAGGUCACAGUUUGGUUCGCUGCUGAGAGCUGUGCAGGUGGCGUGCUUCCAAAGCGUGAUCUGUACAACUAUCGUAAGGAUGUCGGAGGUACCAACUGUCCCUUCAGAAGUGAAGUUGUCCAAAAAAGAGCUCCGGAAGUUGAACAGGGGCAUGGAUAAACUGUCAACGGACGAUCAUCCACAGGAGCUCCCAGUUGUGAUUGUGGACGGAGAUGGUGGCCUGGAGUCAGCGACAACAGCAUAUGGAAUGCUACCCCUACAUCAAUCACAGUAUAAGAAAGGACCAGAUUUUGUCGACUUGAAAGAUGUUGCACAGGAAGGUUAUGUUGACCAGUACAUAUGGAUCCGGGGCAGAUUACAUCGGAGUCGCAUGAAGGGGAAGCUGUGUUUUUUCGUUGUCCGCUUCCAAGAUUACCGGAUACAAAAUGUCUUGUCAGCCUCCGAACAUACUCCCAAGGAAAUGCUUGCGUUUGUCGCAGGCAUACCAAAGGAAUCCAUCAUUGACGUCUACGGAUGUGUGAAGAAAAGUCCAGUCCUUAUUGAAGGAUGUAAUCCGGAUACGAUCGAAAUUCAUUGUGAGCGAGUUUACGUGGUCAGUGCAGCACUCCCAACGCUCCCAUUGCAAAUUGAGGAUGCUAUGCGUCCGGAGGAUGAUGAGACGUUGGACACAUCUCAUUUUGAGGUACAGAGUCGGGUCCAUCAAGACACACGAUUGGACAACCGAUACAUUGAACUACGCACGCCAGUGAAUCAAGCAAUCUAUCGAGUGGAGGCCGGCUGUGUUCGAUUUUUCAUGGACUACCUAACCAAGGCCGGUUUCGUCAACAUACAGACACCCAAAAUGAUAUCGGCCGCGUCCGAAGGUGGAGCCAAUGUUUUCAAGGUUUCUUACUUCUCUGGUAGCGCCUACUUGGCGCAAUCUCCUCAGCUGUACAAACAGAUGGCCAUCGCUGCUGAUUUUGGACGCGUCUUCACAGUUGGUGCUGUGUUCCGCGCUGAAGAUUCCAACACUCAUCGUCAUUUGACCGAAUUUGUUGGUAUGGAUAUUGAAAUGGCAUUUAAAAACCAUUAUCACGAGGUGGUUGAUCUCAUUGCCGACAUGUUUGUGAACAUGUUCAAAGGACUGCAACGAGAAUUUGCGUCGGAAAUUGACACUAUUCGUAAACAAUACAAGUCAGAACCAUUCCAGUUUCUGGAGCCGACCCUGCGCUUGGAAUACAGGGAAGGCAUCCAGAUGCUUCGCGAAGCUGGCUGGGACCUCGGGGAUCUGGAUGAUUUGACCACGCCCGCCGAAAAGUUCCUGGGUCGCUUGAUCAAACAAAAGUACGGCACGGAUUUUUACAUACUGGACAAAUUUCCUCUGGAUAUUCGGGCUUUCUACACCAUGCCCCACCCAACUGAAAAGGAGUUCUCCAACUCGUAUGAUUUUUACAUGCGUGGGGAAGAGAUUAUGUCAGGUGCCCAACGUAUUCAUGACCCAGCUCUGCUGACUGAACGAGCACUGCAUCAUGGCGUCGAAAUCGAGAAAAUAAAAUCCUAUAUUGAUGCAUUCCGCUAUGGUUGUCCACCACACGCCGGAGGUGGAAUAGGUUUGGAGCGCGUCACCAUGCUCUUCCUCGGACUGGACAAUAUAAGAAAAACCUCCAUGUUUCCGCGUGAUCCGAAGCGCCUAACUCCCUAAUCUUUGUUCUGCUCUCCCUUGUGAUCGAAAUAUGUAUGUUGUUUUCAAUAUACAGUUUGGAAAUCUGCUCUCUG